AUGAGUGCCCUCUCCAUCAACAGUGGCUCCUCGGGCUCCUCGGAGCUCACCAUGACCGUUCUCGGUUGUGGCACCAUGGGCAUCGCCAUUCUCUCUGGCAUUCUCGCCUCCCUAGACGAGAUCCAAGACGCCCACAACAAGCCCAGCGCCUCCGGCACCUCCACCCCCCUCUACGAAACCUCCGUCACCACCCGUCUACCCUCCCGCUUCAUCGCCUGCGUCCGCCGCCCAGAGUCAGCCAAGAAACUCAAAGCCACCUUCGCCAACCACCUCAACUCCGUAACCAUCGCCCAAAACGCCAACGUCGCCUCCGUCCAAAAAGCCGACAUCAUCCUCCUCGCCUGCAAGCCCUACAUGGUACGCGAGGUCCUCUCCGACCCGGGUCUCGCGACCGCCCUCGAAGGCAAGCUCCUCAUCAGCAUCCUCGCCGGCGUCCCCGAAACCCAAAUCGAAUCCACCCUGACCGCCGCCAACGACAACACUCCCGUGCGCUGCCGCGUCGUGCGCGCCAUGCCCAACACUGCCUCGCUCAUCCGCGAGAGCAUGACCGUCAUCGGCAUCUCCAACCCCCCGCUCGACCCAGACACCAUGGGGCUCGUAACCUGGAUCUUCAAGCGCAUCGGCGAGGUCGCCUACCUGCCGCCGUCGACCAUGGACGCGUGCACGUCGCUGUGCGGGUCUGGGCCGGCGUUCUUCGCGCUCAUGCUGGAGGCCGCUAUCGACGGUGCUGUGGCGAUGGGUUUGCCGCGUGCCGAGGCCCAGCGCAUGGCGGCGCAGACGAUGAAAGGGGCGGCGGGGCUGGUGUUGAAUGGGGAUCACCCGGCGCUGCUGCGGGAUAAGGUUAGCACGCCGGGCGGGUGCACGAUUGGCGGGUUGUUGGUAUUGGAGGAGGGGAGGGUGAGGGGGACGGUGGCGAGGGCGGUGCGGGAGGCGACUGUGGUUGCGAGUCAGCUGGGACAGGGCGUGCAGGGCGUUAAUGGGACGCGGUUCCCGGGGAGUCAGUUGCAGUAG